UCUGAGGACCAAGGGAGCUGGACAAGUCUUCCAGCAUCGAGCGAUAAGAUUCACCCAUGCUGUCUUUACCCUUGAGGUUGUUGCUUCAGGCAGGAGGAGUACCUCCCACAGCUAAAACCACAUCAGGCUGGAGAGCAGUCAGGCCUGUCUUCCUUUAUUGCUGUCACCAAAUGCCCGCUUGCUUCCACAGAUCUGUCACCAUGAAGGCGGCCUUCUCAACUGCCCUCCUUGUUCUGGCCAUCUCAGUGGGGACUUCCUUUGCAGUUGAUUUCUAUCUUCCUAUGAGUGCGCGCCUGACUGAGGAGCUCUUCCAGGAGACGAAGGUCUUGUGCAACAAGAAUGUAAGGAAGUGCUGGAUGCUUUCCUACUACAAGCCCGACGAGCCUAUAUGUGGCACUGACCAAGUUACCUACGGCGGUGAGUGCCAUCUCUGCUCCAGAGUUCUAUAUGACGACAGAACCAUAAUUAAAAUGCAUGAUGGAGAAUGUGGCAUCCUACACCUUUCCCAGUCAUCUUAAAUAUAAGAACUAGUCAACCUACAGCAAUGUCAGAGCCAGCCUGGCAACUCGGAGAGAUACUAUUUACUCCUUGGAAGACUAUGAAUAAGCAUAAAAGUUACUGGAUUCUCAGAUAGCCGAGUAAAGCAUGAAGACUGAGUCGUCAAAGAUACCCAAUACUUUGGGGGACAAGGGCUGGAGGUCCUAGUACAGUACUUGCCUAGCAUGUAUGAAGCCUUAGGUUAAAUCUCCAAUGUUUGGAGAGAAAAAAAAGGAUAUAGCUCCUUGAGAAAUGCAUCCUAUAGUAGAAGAUACUUUACUUCUUCAAUAAAUUAUUCUCAGCA